UACACUCCUUUACCUCUGUCCUCCACCAGAAAACAGUCUGCCCUUGACUCUACCCAUGGCUUCAAAACGAAAGUGGGACCAGGCUGCUCCCAACGGCGACAACGACUCUCCUGCAAAGGCCGCAAAGACUGAUGAGACAAAGUCCGCGUCAGAGGCUGCUGCUGCCGCCGCCGCAAUCGCUGCCAAAAUUGCUGCUCAGUUCGCUGGUUCUUCCUCUGGUACAGGUACUGCAUUAGGACCGAGAGACCCUCACGAUGGAGACUUCACGCACGACAUUGACAUUAACGAUGUUCGCAAUCGUUACUUGUUGACAAAGGGGUCGACUCAAUCUCAGAUUCACGAAGAGACUGGUGCUUCCGUCAGUACGAAGGGUACAUGGUACCCCGAUCGCACCAAGGCGACAGAGAAGGAUCCACCGCUCUACUUGCACAUCUCAGCCACCACGAAUGAUGCAAUGCAAAAGGCGAUCGACAAAGUUAAUGAGCUAAUCAACUUGGAUAUGGGCUCUCUUGUGGAAGACAAGAAGGACCGUUUGCGGGAGAAGCGUAAAUGGCCUGAAGAGAAGAUCCCUGUUGGUAUCGACUCUAUCAGAAAUUUCAACGUCAGGGCGAAGGUUGUUGGUCCCCAGGGCAUGUUCGUGAAAUACAUCCAACAAGAAACCCAGACGCGUGUACAAAUCAAAGGAAUCGGUUCUGGCUUCGUUGACCAAGAGACUGGACAAGAACACGACGAGCCCAUGUAUAUUCACGUUACAGGUCCAGAUGAGACAAUGGUAGCCCGUGCCAAAGCACUCACUGAAGAUCUCCUUGAAGUAGUCCAAGCGGAGCACGCCAAAGUCAAAGUCAUGUUGGUCCAACAACAAGCGGAGCUGCACCACGCACAACUCCAGUACGCUGCUUACAGUGCUUAUGGCGGUUAUGCUCCUCCACAACCAGGUAACGCUCCUCCACCUCCCCCACCAGGAGAGCAACCUCCACCGCCGCCACCAGACGGCAGCGCACCCCCUGGUGCUCCCAGCCAAGCAGCAGCCCCUGCCGUAACCGAUGUAGACGCAUACGCGGCCUACUGGGCCGCGUACGGCUACGAUGUCAACUCUCCGGAGUUCAAACAAUGGCAGGAGCAACAAGCGCAACAAUACGCUCAAUAUUACGCCCAGCAAGGAUAUACCGGCGUACCAGGUAGUGAUCCUUCCCAGGCUGCUGCCGUAGCGGGAGGUGCUGCCCCUCCACCUAGCGAACCUGCUCCUCCCCCACCACCUCCCGCUUAAGUUGCGCUUUUGUAUAUCUAGUCUACCGUUAUGUUUUUGUGCUAGCAGGUUGUUGUUGUGUGUUUUUUCUAUAUCUAGUGGGAAUUGCGAUCUUUCUUGUCGUAUUCAAUAUGCUAGCUCGUUUGUGCGAGU